UUCACUCGGUAGCUCGAGCAAUCUGAACAAUGACUCUGUGCGAGAGGAUGAUCCGAAACCGGAGCCAUGUGUGAUUUAUCACCGAUUCUGUACAUUGCGCUGCUUUUAACGCUCUUUUAAACACAGACACCAUGAAUAUGUGGAUACCAACAGAACACGAGAAAUACGGAGUCGUUCUGGCCAGUUUCCGGGGGAUGAUUCAGCACGGCUUGCCUCUGGAGAUCGGUGAUACGGUGCAGAUCCUGGAGAAAUGUGAAGGCUGGUACAGAGGAUUCGUCCUGAAGAACCCAAAUGCCAAGGGGAUUUUUCCUUGCAGUUACAUCCAUCUAAAAAAUGCUCAUAUCAAGAAUAAAGGGCAGUUUGAGAUGGUGGUGCCGACCGAAGACUCUGUCAUUACCGAGAUGACAUCCACACUGAGGGACUGGGGUGCCAUGUGGAAGCAGCUCUUUGUGAAAAAUGAAGGCGAUCUGUUUCACAGACUGUGGCACGUCAUGAAUGAGAUUUUGGAUCUGAGACGGCAGGUUCUGGUUGGUCACCUGACUCAUGACCGCAUGAGGGACGUCAAACAGCACAUCACAGCACGACUGGACUGGGGCAAUGAACAGCUGUGUUUGGACCUGGUACCCCGGAGAGAAUUCAGCAUGGUCGACCCGGACGAAAUCAGCGUUACAGAGCUCUACCGAUUGAUGGAGAAUCGGCAUCGGAAGAAAGAAACUCCUACUCCUGUCAGCACACAUCACCUGUUUGUCCAUUUGAAGAGUCUGAUGAGCUCAAACCUGGGCGAAGAACUGGAGGUCUUUUUCUUCAUCUAUGAUAGUCGAGAAAGCAAACCACUCAGUGAACGGUUCUUUGUUAAACUCAAUAAAAAUGGUCUGCCCAAGUGUACUGAGAAGACGGAAAGACAAUGCACACUUUUUGUGGAUCUGGGGAGCGGCGACCUGAGAAAAGACGUGUAUAUUGUCGUACACAUCAUUAGAAUCGGGAGAAUGGGUGCAGGAGAGAAGAAAAACACAUGUAAUGUUCAAUACAGACGUCCGUAUGGCUGUGCUGUGGUCAGUAUUGCUGAUCUCCUAACUGCUGACUCAAAAGAUGACCACCUCCUGAAGGUUUACGCUUGCAACACAGAAAGUGACUGGAGUCAAAUUCAUGACAACAUCAUUAAGAAAGUAAACUCCAGAUACAACCUCUCAGGGUCCAACACAGGCCUGGCAGUGGCUCUCCAGUUGUUACACGGUGACAUCGAACAGUUGCGGAGAGAAUACAUGGUGCUCUUCACCAGAGGAGUCUCCAUCACCAAAAAACUGGGCUUCUCUGAUGUUAUCAUGCCAGGUGAAAUGAGGAAUGAUCUGUACAUCACGCUGGAGAAGGGGGAGUUUGAGAAAGGAGGGAAGAGUGUGGCAAGAAACGUGGAGGUCACAGUCUAUGCACUGGAUGCUGAUGGACAGAUUCUCAAGGGUUUUGUGGCUGUGGGGUCAGGCGAGCCAGGCGGAGACGAGUAUCACACCUUUGUGCUGUACCACAACAACAGUCCGCGGUGGGCGGAACUAAUCAAGCUGCCCAUCCCUGUCGACAUGUUCCACGGCUCACACAUCCGUUUUGAGUUCCGCCACUGUUCCACAAAAGACAAGGGGGAAAAGAAGCUCUUUGGAUUCUCAUUCGUUCCUCUAAUACAGGAUGAUGGGCGGACUUUGUCCGAUGGCACCCAUGAGCUCAUUGUUCAUAAGUGUGAAGAGAAUGCUAACCUGCAAGACUGUGCUCGCUACCUCAAACUGCCCUUCUCAAAAUCAAAUCUGCCCGGCAACAACCAAACACUGAAAGGCAGUAAAGAGUCUCUCUGGAUCACAUCUUUCCUAUGUUCUACCAAGCUCACUCAGAAUGGUGAUAUGCUGGACUUACUGAAGUGGAGAGCUCACCCGGAGAGAAUCAGUGACAGUCUGUCUAAACUCAAAGAGAUUGAUGGAUCAGAAAUAGUGAAGUUUUUACAGGAUACACUGGACACACUUUUUGGUAUUUUAAAUGAGAGCUCACAGAGAUAUGCACUCAAGGUGUUUGAUUGUCUGGUACACAUUAUAAACUUGCUCCAGGACAGCAAGUUUCAGCAUUUCAAACCAGUCAUGGACACCUACAUUGAAAGCCACUUUGCAGGAGCCCUGUCAUACAGGGAUCUGAUCAAGGUGCUAAAGUGGUAUGUGGACUGCAUUAUUGAAGCUGACCAUCAAGAACACAUCCAACAGGUGCUAAAGGCGACAGAGUACAUUUUUAAAUAUAUUAUCCAAUCACGGCGGCUGUUUGCACUAGCCACGGGGGGACAGAAUGAAGAGGAGUUUCAAUGCUGUAUGCACGAGCUGUUCACGUCCAUAAGCUUCUUCCUCUCACAGGAGAGCAAGAGCUUGCGCCCCAUCACGCAAACACAGGCAGUGUUUUUGCAGUCAUUCCCGGCUGUGUACAGUGAGUUGCUGAAGCUUUUUACUGUAAGGGAAGUGGCCACAUUUGUGCGUGAGACUCUCGGUAGCCUCCCCACCGCGUCCCAAGCAGACUGCCCCCUGCAGGCCGUCAAACUGCACUGCAUCGCCAAAACCAUGGAUAGCCAAAUCUACACCAACCCAGAGUCUAGAUGUAUCCUGCUGCCAGUGGUGUUGCGUGUCCUGCAGGCUCACAUGCAGGAACAGAAAGAUCUCGUCAUGUGUGCUCACAUCCUCACCUGCAUGCUUUCUCUACUCAAGAGGGAAGACACGGAGUCGACUGCAUCCGAGGAGGUAGACCUGAUUGUGGAGAGUGUUUUGGGUGUGUUACUACAGACAAUACUGGAAGUCGCUAACCGACCCCAUCCGCCAGGGCCCACACUACGCCCCCAGAUUCAAGACGUUACGGGAGAGUUUGUGUCGUGUCUUCUGGCUCUCUUGAGACACAUGAAAGAUCGACACUACCAACAGCUUCUGCAGAGGUUCACCAGUAAAGAUGACCUGCGGGAUUUUCUCCUUCACAUUUUCACAGUGUUUCGGAUCCUAAUAAGGCCAGAGAUGUUCCCCAAAGACUGGACGGUCAUGCGGCUUGUCACUAACAACAUCAUCAUCACCACUGUGCUCUACCUGUCAGACGCUUUAAGGAAAAACUUCCUCAAUGACAAGUUCGACUAUAAGAUGUGGGAUUCCUACUUCUGCCUGUCUGUCAUCUUCAUCAACCAGCCUUGCCUUCAGCUAGAGACCUUCUCUGCAUCUAAGAGGAAGAAAAUAUUGGAAAAGUAUGGAGACAUGCGUGUAAUGAUGGGAUGUGAGAUAUUCAGCAUGUGGCAGAAUUUAGGAGAGCACAAGUUCAAUUUCAUCCCAGCGAUGAUCGGUCCAUUCUUAGAGGUGACACUAGUACCUCAACCUGACCUGAGGAACGUCAUGAUCCCGAUCUUUCAUGACAUGAUGGACUGGGAACAGCGCAGAAGUGGCAACUUCAAACAGGUGGAGGCGAAACUUAUAGACAAGCUGGACAGUCUUAUGUCAGAGGGGAAAGGAGACGAGACGUAUAGAGAACUCUUCAACAGCAUUCUGUUGAAGAAGAUCGAGAGAGAGACUUGGCGAGAGAGCGGUAUAUCACUAAUCGCCACAGUUACACGACUGAUGGAGAGACUGCUGGACUACAGGGACUGUAUGAAAAUGGGGGAAGUGGAUGGAAAGAAGAUUGGCUGUACAGUCAAUCUGCUGAACUUUUACAAAACAGAGCUGAAUAAAGAGGAGAUGUACAUCCGCUACAUUCACAAACUGUAUGACCUGCACCUGAAAGCCCAGAAUUACACAGAGGCCUCAUACACACUUCUACUCUAUGAUGAGCUGUUGGAGUGGUCUGAGAGACCGCUGAGGGAGUUUCUGAGUUAUCCCAUGCAGAGCGAGUGGCAGAGGAAAGAAUACCUGCACCUCACCAUCAUACAAAACUUUGACCGCGGAAAGUGUUGGGAAAAUGGCAUAAUUCUGUGCAGAGAGCUGGCCAACCAGUACGAAUCCUACUAUGAUUACAGAAACCUCAGCAAAAUGAGGAUGAUGGAAGCUUCGUUUUACGAUAAAAUAAUGGACCAGCAGCGUCUGGAGCCUGAGUUCUUCAGAGUGGGCUUCUACGGCAAGAAUUUCCCCUUCUUUUUACGGAAUAAGGAGUUUGUGUGUCGUGGUCAUGACUAUGAGCGGCUGGAGGCGUUCCAGCAACGCAUGCUCAAUGAGUUCCCACAUGCCAUCGCAAUGCAGCACGCUAACCAGCCCGACCAGACCAUCUACCAGGCUGAAGCCCAGUACCUGCAGAUCUAUGCUGUCACACCAAUCCCAGAUAGCCAGGACGUCCUGCAGAGAGACGGCAUCCCGGACAACAUCAAGAGCUUCUAUAAAGUCAAUCACAUCUGGAGGUUCCGCUACGACCGUCCAUUUCACAAGGGAACCAAAGACAAAGAGAAUGAGUUCAAGAGCCUGUGGGUAGAAAGGACGACGCUAACACUCGUACAAAGUCUACCUGGCAUCUCACGGUGGUUUGAAGUGGAGAGGAAAGAGCUGGUGGAGGUGAGUCCGCUGGAGAAUGCCAUCGAGGUGAUCGAGAACAAGAACCUGCAGUUACGGACGUUGAUCACGCAGUGCCAAACGCGACAGAUGCAGAACAUCAACCCUCUCACUAUGUGUCUCAAUGGAGUCAUCGACGCCGCAGUCAACGGAGGACUUGCUCGCUAUCAGGAGGCGUUCUUUGUGAAGGACUACAUCAUGAAUCACCCAGAAGAUGGUGACAAGAUUGGCCGUCUCAGAGAGCUUAUGUUUGAACAGGCUCAAAUAUUGGAGUUUGGUUUGACUGUGCAUGAGAAAUUCGUACCUCAGGACAUGCGGCCCCUGCAUAAGAAACUGGUGGAUCAGUUUCAUCUAAUGAAAUCAAGCCUUGGCAUACAGGAGUUUCCGGCCUUUGUGCGGGCCAGUCCGAUCCAGUUCACCAACGGAAGCCCUCGCACUGGCAGGAACUCAGCGCCCAACAUCCUGAGUCCAGAGGGAGUUGCGCGCGUGGUAGCACGACGCAGUCCCCUCAGCUAUCCAGCAGUCAACCGCUACUCUUCAUCGUCUCUGUCAUCACAGGCCUCCAAUGAAGUGAGCAACAUCACAGGCCAGUCAGAGAGCUCCGAUGAAGUCUUCAACAUGCAGCCAAGUCCAUCUACCUCAAGUCUUAGUUCCAAUCACUCGGCCUCUCCCAACGUGACCAGCUCGGCUCCUUCCAGCACCAGAGGUUCACCGCAGUUGUCAGAUAAACCCAAACAUUCCCGAGAGAACUGCCUCUCACCACGAGAGAGACCAUGCAGUGCCAUAUAUCCAAACCCCCAGGAUUCCACACAGAGGCCAGUUCCUCACUCAGCAGGCGAUGCAUCCUUGCCACGCAGUGAUCCCAACAUCUCCACCCCCGAUAAAGUGGUCAAGCCUGCAGUUAGUAGCUGGAGUCUAGACACGCCGCUCUCUGAUUCAAACGGAAAGGGCCCCCCUGUCCCUCCUAGGCCACCAUACACAGGUUCUCCGACCAAGACAAGAUCACAGUCCCCUGUGAUGAUAUCACGCUCGCCUCAAAAGAGUGUGGCGCCCCCGUUUACCCCCUCGCCCACAGAAUGCCAGUCUGCAGGGUUGGUGUCUAACUCGCCGGUGCUUUCGGGAAGCUACAGCAGCGGCAUCUCCUCGCUCAGUCGCUGUAGUGUCUCUGAGGCCUCAGGUACCGAGACCACGCCCGCUGACCACGCCCUCCCAAACUCCACCUCCAGCGGCUCGGAUGAGCUCUUUCGACGGGAGAACAAGACUCCGCCUCCUUACAGCAUACAUGAGCGAAACCCCCGCAGGCAGAUGCCCCUUCCCCCAAGCCUGUCGAUUCACCCAAAUGUCGACGCACCGCCAAUUCCGCCGAAACCCUACCAGAUUCGAAAGCAAGACACUGAACCACGCCGACCCGACCAGUUUCCCAGACCCAGACCCAUUCCGAGGAAAGUCUCGCAGCUCUAACGUUGCACCCCGAACACCAACUCCACCAUUUGCACUUUUACACUUAAAGGGAUAGUUCACCCAAAAAUGAAACUUCUGUCAUUUACUCAUCCUCAUGAUGUUCCAAAUCUGUAUGACUUUCUUUCUUAUGUGGAUCACAAAAGGAGGUGUUAGGCAGAGUGUUAGCCUCAGUCACCAUCCACUUUCCUUGUAUGGAGAAAAAAAAAGGUGCCAUGAAAGAGAAUGGUGACUGAGGCUAACAUUCUGCCUAACAUCUCAUGUGUUCAUAGAGUUUGAAAGUACGUGACGGUGAGUAAAUGACAACAGAUUUUUCAUCUUUAAUCUCUAUGGGUUUACAAAUCCAAACUCCCAGUUUAAUGUUAAAUAAAUAGACUGGGUUAUUUUUAUUAAAUAUUAAUAUAAAUAUAUUUAGAGAGUGAGAGAUGAUACAGGGAUAUGCAUUUUUGUGCACUUUUUAGGUCUUAUAUUCACUUGUCAAAUAUCACAAGCCCCUGAAUUAACUCUAAAACAUGGUAUUUUCUAAGAUUUGUCAUAGAUUUAUCAAUGCUAAUAUGUAUUAUAAAGGUUGAUAAGUUUUGCCUUAAGAUUUGAAAACUUUUUUUUUAACGGUUAAUGCACGAUUUAAAGUACUUUGUACUUUUUAUAUAGCCAAAUGGUGCUAGAAUUCAUCUGUAAUAAUGCUAGCACUGAGUAUAUUCCCAGUGUCGUGUUUUCUUUGAAAUUAGGUCGCUGCUUUUGUAAAAAAAUUUCACCAUAGUCUCUAUUCUCAUUACUACAAAUCUAUCAAAGAUUAGACAAAUCAGUAAAAUUUCACAGUAUAAACUGCCAACCUUGCUAAUGUUGAAAA